CGUUGGGCUGGCGGAAGAGCCUUCACAAGAAAUUAGCUGGGAUUUUAAAUUAAUUUCUUUUUUAUUACUAUUAUUUAAACACUUAGUUUGUAAUGACGUUAUGUUGUUAUUUUACCAAAAUAAAACUUUAAACGUCCUGGACGUUUUAUAAACGAUAAACACAACUUUAUCAAACAAUCGACCUAACGUACGAAUGGAGUCUAGUCAUCUGCUUCUCGGUUAAACAUUUCUCGUAUGUUUCGCUUGUUAUCGACAAUCACGAAAGAAACCAGAUAUUUCUGCCAUUAACAUCUUAUUUCAAGUUUCUACAUAAAGCGCGAGUAACUUGCGUUUGUUUCAAAAUGCCAGUCUCGAAUGUCCAAGCAUCUCAGUCAAACCUGCGCAGUUCACGCGAGAAGAUGCCAGCGGGAUUUAAAACAAAAGUAGUGGCUCCCCGAAAUCCCAAGCUGGUGAAACGGGAGACCAAUUCAGUAAAGCUGAUUCCAUCAGUAUAUGCUCGAGAAAUGUGCCAGACUACAGAGGAGCGAUUAUCAAACACUUACGAGGUGCACCCGCCCCGUAUUCUGGAACUCUUGGACAUGAGUGAGGCCACACAUCACAAGUUUUCCUCAUUAGAUUUGGACCAGGCCAUGUUCCAGCCGUACCCGUCUGAGAUUGUGUUCCAAAACUACUCAGCAUUUAAGACUUACAAGGUGCCUUUAGAGCUGCGGAACAGUGACAAGGUUCCUCGACUGGUAAAGGUGAUCGAAGAAGACUCACUGUAUUUUAAAGUGGUCAGCCCAUUAGAUGCUAGUAAGAAAGUGGCCCCAGGAAUGGCAUCUACAUUCACCAUUUUAUUUACUCCACAAGAGAACAAGGAUUACAUUCACAGACUCCUCUGUGUGACUGAACGUGAGAAGUUUGAAGUACCCAUCCGUGCAAUUGGUCCCCGUGCCAUCUUGGACUUCCCAGAUAGUCUGCAUUUCCAAGUUUGCCCAGUCAAGUGCCUGUCCCAGAGGACUCUGCUUGUGCGGAACAUAGGAAAUUGUGAAGCUAAAUUCCAGCUCAGCACACGCAGCCCAUUUUCUGUAGAACCAUCUGUAGGUACUCUUGAUGUUGGUCAAAGCAUGCAAGUUACCGUUGAGUUCUUGCCAAAAACCACUGGGGAUCACAGGCAGGUUUUGCUGCUGCAUUACCAUUCAGGAGAAGACAUCCAAAUCACCCUCUAUGGAGAUUCCACAGAUAUAAAUGUCGGAUUGGACAAGAACUUUGUGAUGCUGGAGAAAACCUACAUCUCUUUAGCUACCAACCAGAAAGUGGCAAUAAUGAACAGGAGUGAUUCCAUUGUGCAUUACCAGUGGAAGAACUUUGCCACUGAGGAGGCAGAGGAACGGGACAAAUUAAGGCUUUCUUCAGAGCUGGACCAAGAAGUUGAUGAUGACAUGGAGCAGUUUCUGACAGAAAACACUGAUCCUUCUUUGCGAGCUUCUCUUUCGCAGUUUUCCCAUACCCUCCAGGAGGGGCUUGUGCAAACUCAACAGCAGCUUUUGUCUCUGGAUGACCAGGACAUUAUCAUGAGACCCCUGAAGGGAGAAAUCUGGCCCAACAGCACUGCAGAGGUGAACAUCAUCUUUAAACCACAGGAAGCCAGGAUCUACCAGCAGACUAUUUACUGUGAAAUCACUGGUCGUGAAUCUCGGUUGCCACUCUGCAUACAAGGAGAGGGCGUAGGCCCAAAACUGCAGUUCAGCUUUGACUUUCUAGACAUGGGAAAUAUUGUUAUUGGCUCCAAACAAAGCUAUAAGCUGAUUCUAAGCAACAAGGGACUGAUAAAUGGUGCAUAUAAACUAGUGCAACCCAGUACAGCGCUCGGGCUUUGCUUUUCCUUCAACCCCUCUGAAGGCAUGAUCCCACCCGGAGUCUCCAAAACACUGGAGGUCCACUUCUCCUCUGACAAACUGGCUAUUUUCUCUGAAGAGUUACACUUUAGUGUGAUGGGAAACCCUGAGCCAGUCAUUGUCACAUUCAGGGGGUGUUUAAUUGGGCCUACAUUCCACUUCAGUGUCCCAGAGCUCAACUUUGGGGAGGUGUCCUUUGGGUUCCCGCAAACGCUGACAUGUCGCCUUAGCAACACUUCAGUGGUGCCCAUGAGCUUUGGACUGCGGAUCCCCGGAGAUGGCACAGGGUUGGCGAGCAGUACCAGCAUGGACCAGGUUACUCAUCUGAACAGAAGUGAAUGGGGACUGGGAGACGAAACCAAAAGAAGACCGAAAGAGUUUAUCUUAUCACCCAGCACAGGCACAGUUCGUGCUAUGGCUGAGAUUGAUAUCCAGUUAACCUUUUGCUCCAACACGGUGCAAGACUACAAUCUGGCUUUAGUGCUGGAUGUCCAAGGAGUUGGAGAGGAGGUUUUAGCUCUCCCAAUCAAAGCUAGAUGUGUUGUGCCUGAUGUGGUCCUCAAGAACCCAGAUCUUCAGUUCCAUCACUGUUUCCUGGGUCAUCCCUAUGAGCAAUCAUUUGAGCUCAUUAAUGACACUCACCUUCCUGCGUGCUAUGGACUUCUGCCUCAGCCGCAUGAGGAAGACCCUGCUCUUCUUUAUUCCAGUCCUCACGCACGAGGGGUCAUUCAGCCUUAUAGCACAGAAAAGAUUCCAGUAGUUCUUCAGGCCAAGACAGUGGGCAGCCUACAGGAAACAGCUCACAUUGCUAUACUUGGCCGUCAAGACCCACCGUUGGAGCUCCUCCUGUCCUGUGUUGGCCAGGGACCUUCCGUCUCUGUCACUGCUGCCAAGCUGAACUUUGGCUGCAUUCCCGUGCUGACUGAUGUCGCAAGGACUUUGCAGCUGUCAAACGACUCCCCAAUCCCAGCCAGAUUCUUUGCUCAAAUGGUGAGGAACCGGUCUUACUGGCGUGUGGAUCACAGUGAAGGGGAAAUUCCUCCAAAAGAAUGUCUGGAAUUGAAGUUGAUAGCCCAUCUGAAUGACACCAUGCCCUUCCAGGAUGAACUGUUUCUGGAAAUCAAGGACAGCCAAAAUUUUAACAUUCCUGUGUCGGCCAAAGGAAAGGGCACGUCCAUAGUCACUGACCGUCCAUUGGCUCCUAGCCUGGAUUUGGGAACCCACUUCAGUUCCGGCCCAUGUCGUUAUGCCUUCAGAAUUACUAAUCGAGGACGUCGCACUCACCAACUAUUAUGGACCACAGAGGGGUUUCCACAGUUUCAAAACAGAGACAUUCUGUCACCUAACAAGUCUAGGAGCAAAAAAAGCAAGAGCCUUCAAACUUCAGAUCAAGGAGGCCCGGUCUUCAGCUUAUCACCUGCACGUUUAUUACUUUCUCCUGGCCACUCAGCUGACAUGCUGCUAGAGGGCUCCUCUGAUGUCCCCAAGGUGGUUACGGAAAAACUUGUUUGCUAUGCUGUUGUCGGGCGUCAGUAUGUGAGGGAGUGCAUCAUUACUACAGACGUCACAUGCCAGUUCGUCUCCCCAGCAGUAGACAUCUCCUCCAAACAAAUCAGCUUCUAUGUGGAAAAGGCUCCAGAUGUGUCUCUGGUUCCGCUGUAUCAGAGGUUGGUUUUAAAGAGUGUGUCCUCCUUGAACCUCUCUAUGGAACUGACCCUGCGUGAGCCCUUUGGUUUGUGUGAUUAUGACGGGGAUGAACUGUUCACAACCUCAAAGAGUCUGGUCCUGGCAGUCGGAGGUCAGAAAGAGAUAUGGGUGCGUUUCAACCCCAUGUAUCGACAGGACCGUCUCACCCGUGUGGUUGAGGACGUGCUGGAGUUCUGCUACCAUGGCCAUCCUCAGCAGGAUCAGGUGGUGCUGAGGGGGGAGGUUCACUUCCCUAAUCUCAAGUUCUCCAGCACCACAUUGGACUUUGGCUGCAUCCUCAACAACACAAAAUCCCGUCUCAAGCUCACCAUGACCAAUUGCAGCCCACUCUGUGUUUCCUACCGUUGGGCCUUCCUGGUUGACCGACAGCAAUGCCAUAUUGGGUUUUUUAACGAGACGAGCCAGGGGACUGAAGGAAACGCUGGGGGGAAAAGAAAGGAGAGUGGGGAGGCGCAGUGGGAGCUGUUAGAGCUGAGAGAAGCUGACGGCAAGAUGGACCCAAACAGGGAGACUGAUGUAAUCAUGCCUCAAUUGGAAGAGGAUGAAUUGCAUCAUGGUAGUGGACAAGAGCAGAAUAGGACCUGUUCAACACAGCUGGGAAGCAAGCCCAUCAAUCUCACAGCCAAUGGGCAUCCAAGUGUGAGUGUGAAAGAGGUUUUUGAUAUCUCCUCACUGUAUGGGGAACUACAGCCUGGUGACACCAAGCUGGUGACCUUCUCAUUUCUUGGUCACGCUGACAUCAACACGCAUGUGUUGGCAUUGUGUGAGGUGGAAGGUGGGCCCACCUACGAGAUCACACUCAAGGGUCAGGCUUCUUUUGUUUCGUAUACACUGGACACAAAUGACAUUGACUUUGGUUUACAGUUGUUUGACCAUGUGGCUGAAGCUGAACUCAUUUUGAAGAACACAGGGAAAGUUGGAUUUGAUUUCUCUUCUCUAACUGGAGAACCAGGACUCUUACUGGAGCAACUGUUACCUGGUCAGCCUCUCAUCAUCCCCAGCAAGGGUCACCUAGAGCCGUAUGCAGAAAUGAGGCUCAGUGUAUACUACCUUCCAGGAAUUCCAGAAGUAUUUCACAAGACCUUUCAGUUGCAAGUGGCGUUUUAUGAACCUGAAGUCAUUACUGUAAGAGGAGAGGGUAUUUUUCCUCGACUGUGUCUUGACCUUCCUAGGAAUCUGGAUGCAGAGAUAUAUGGUUCUUUGCUAAAGGAGGCAAAAGACUCGCUGGAGAAUGAAAAAUUAAAGGAAGGGGUGUUGAGCAGGCCUGUCACAGUAAAGGAGGAGUUGCCACCUGAAAACGACUACAUUCCCACUUAUGAUGGCCUGCUGCAGAUGGAGUUAGAACGGCUCCUCGUGAAGGAAAAUGCCAUGGCUGUUCAGAGACAGCACCAAGAUCUAAGAGCAACUGGGUCCACUAACAACUGGCUCAAGAAGCUGUGCAAGUUAAUCUUGCCUGAGUACACACUGGACUUUGGGUAUGUCAUCAGUGGCAGCAUCGUGACCCACAUUGCCAAAGUAACCAACACUUGUCCAGUGGCUAUAUCUUUCAGAGCUGACAAGAGCACACUGGCAGGCACAGGUUUUAGUACAGAAUUGGACAGGGUGCUGAAUUUGCCCUUUUGUGAGACAGAGACGUUUGAAGUGAAGUUUGAUACCCGUGAUACCAUUCUGGGGAAGAUCAAUGCAGUUAUGCCCAUACAGGUGACUAAGGGACCCCAAGUGCAGGUGUGUUUAUGUGCAGAGGUCACCAUGCCCUCCCUCACAGUGUCAACAGACACACUGCAAUUCGACACCAUCCAGUGUGGCCUGUGCCAGGUGAUCACGGUCCAGCUGUACAAUGACGGGCCAGUGCCCUGUGAGUGGAGUAUCAGAAAGGAGGAACGGCCAAAAAAGAUUGACAAGCACAUCCCACUGUACCUCAGACGACAGGCUGUGCUGAAACAGCGGCCUCCUCCAGUUGUCUUUGAGUUAUUGCCUUCCGAUGGCACACUCCAUCCUGGUGACAGAACCAACGUGCAGGUCAAAUUCAGCCCAGCAGAGGGGAGGACGUACAGUCAGAGACUUGUGAUAACAGUGGCUCAGAGCACUCAGAAGAUCCUGCUUCUGGCCCAAGGACAAGGAGAAGAGCCUCAGCUGGAGUUUUCCUCCUCAACACUAGAUAUGGGAUCCAUCCUACCCUAUAGUGGAGGAAAGGUUGCUGAAGUGAUUGUCCGCAACCCUUGCCCCUUCCCUAUUGAGUUUUACUCUCUGGACUUCGACAAGCAGUACCUAGAAGAGGAAGAGAUCUUGCGGAUGAUAAAAGGAUAUGAUGCUCAAAAUGUGUUACUUCUACCUCCCCGUUCUCCUGGCGAGACUCUCCCCCCAGAAUUGUUGGACUACUACAAAGCGCACAGCUCACAAACCAACCAGGAAUCUUGGGAAGGUCUUGCUGAAGAUGCCAAGGGGGAGACAGCUGAGGUUGAAACACCCGGUGGUAAAGGCUUGACUAAAGACAACAUCAGUGCUGAAACUGCAGUGGGGGAACUGGAAUACGACCCUGUGUCCAGAGCUAUCGCACGUCACAUGGGCAUUGAUCUUUCACCUGAGGGCAAGGCUGCCCUAAAUCGCCGGGGCAUUGCCAUCAUUGUGCAUGGCGCUCCCCUGUCAGGUAAAACAAGGACAGCAGUUACUCUGGCUAAACACUAUGGGGCGGCUUAUCUCAGUGUAGAUGAGGUGGUGCAGGAGGCCGUGUCAUCAGGGAACAGCGCUGCAGCCCUGAGGGCAAGAGAACUAUGUACCAAGGUUGCUGUGGUGUAUGCUCAGAAGGAAGUGGAGGAUAUGAUGGCUCUUCCUGGUCAGGGUGCUGGUGUUCUUAGUGUUGAAGCAGUUGCCAAACACACGGCAGAGGGAAGCCAGACCAGUGAUCCUAAAGUCCAGCCCUCUUCUGCCUCAACCCGCAACAAAACAAACAUCACAGGGCAUUCACAGAAGAAUGACAGCUAUGGUCCUGCUGCUUCAGUGACAGAUGGCCAGGCACCCAGGCAUCUGAGUGUCAGUCAGAAUGAAGAGCUGCCUGAUGAUGUGUUGGUAGAGAUCCUGUCAGAAAGACUGCAGCUUAGCGACUGUCAACGUGGUGUUGUGGUUGACGGAUUGGAGACACAGUACAGCAGCUCUCUAAGGAACACACUCCAGAUCAUUCUGAAAGCAUUCAACAACCGUCGCCAUAUUUAUGUUAUGGACCUCUUUAACAGCUACAGCGCCUUCAAGCUCAGAGAAUCAGAAAAGUUUGAGCAAGAACAAGUAGAGAGAAGACAACAGGAGCUUGAGAGUUUAAGAGCAGAGGAGAUGACGCCUAGUGAAGACUGUGAUUCCAGACCACUAGAGGAAGACACUCUGCCACCAUCUGAGGACCUACAACAAGAAAUGUCCAGUGAGAGUGACAGACAACUACUGGCCCGAUUCCAUCUGUACGAACAGAGCCAGGCAGAACUCAAACACGUUCUUCAGUUCUGGGACCGAACGCAGGGUCUUUUAGCACAGCCCAUGGCCUCCGAAGGCCAAGAGACCAGAGACAUGGAUUGUCCUCCUCCCUCUGCCAAAAAGAGCAAGAAGGAACGAGAGAAGGAGAAAGCUGAGAAGGAAAAGCCAGCAGAAAUGAAGUCACCAGCUCCUAGUCAGACCCAAGUGUCAACUGAUGGUGUUGAAGACUUGGAAAAGACGGUGGUGCCAGAACCCAUCCCACACAUAUGGCUUUUUAUAAAAGAGAAGGAACUGAGUGCUUUGGAGAUCAUCAGUAGCAUGAAACUACCCUCCCAUGAAGAGGUUUUGCAUGGGCUAGGGUUAGGACCUGAAGGUCCACCCAUCCCACCACCAAUAAUAUUCUCCAUAGUCUCAUACCCUAAGAUGAGAUCAGUGCCCAACACAGAUCUCUCCAGCAGCUGUUUUACUUUUUUGAUGCCCAUGUCUUGUGACGACGUGAAAGAAGCUGCUCAGGAAGGCAUGGCAAUUACUAACACUUCUCAACCUGGCCAGAGUACACCUUCUGAAGAACCCAACUCAGAAUACAGCAAAGGACUCACUCAUUUCCGCUGGAUUGUACCACCAAAUGGAGCAGUUACCCUAAGGAUAGGGUUUUACUCUUCUGUUCUUGGAAAAUUUGAUCAGACUUUCAGCUUUGAGGUGAUGGGGACCAAGCGAUGUUAUCAGCUACACUGUAGAGGAAUUUGUGCAUACCCAUCUAUAAGCAAAGACCCCAAGAUUGUGUUUGCACACUGCAAAAAGAUCCUGCGGCCUGAGAGCGGACUCCUAAAGACUUACAUUAUCCAGUCGAAGCUGUAUGAGUUUGGACCUCUACUGUGUGGAAAGACCAGGGACAGGUUUGAGGAAGGAAAAUAUCCUGAGAACAUGGAAAAGUUUGUAAUUCACAACAAUUCUACAAUGAAGGAGGAGAUCCAUUUUUGCUUCGAACAUGAUACCAAGGCCACCACUUUCCUUCUUGACCCUCCAAAUAUGACUCUGGAACCCAAUGAGCGAAAAGUACUAGUGGUGUGGGCAUACCCAAAUACCCCCAAACAUAUAGAGGACAAAAUGGUGAUCUGUAUCAAGGGGAACCCAGAGCCUGUUGUUUUCCGUCUCUCCUGUGUUGGAGUCAGGCCUGAAUUGGAGCUGGACCGCAAACUGCUCCAGUUUGACAAAACUCCACCAUACAGAAAAGAAACCCGCAGUUUGCGUUUAAGGAAUAACACCCUUUUGCCAGCUGCUUGGAGGCUGAAGGGCCUGGAGACGCUUGGGGAGGAAUUCAGCUUGUCUCAGAACCAGGGCAUCAUCAUGCCUCAUUCUGACUUCAACCUUCACAUGCAUUUUAUAGCUAAGAACCCCAUCAAAUUGAAGAGAUCCAUUUGUUUAGAGGUGUCAGAUGUGGAGAACGUUCUUGACGUCGUUCAACAUUCAGAGAACAUUCAGAUUAUUGCAGAGGCCUAUGAUAUUGCAUUGGACAUAACCCUUCCAGAAGAUUCUGGUGAUUCAUUAGAUUUUGGAACAAUCAAAGUAUCAGAAGAGGUCAAGAAGUCAAUUAAGUUGGAAAACAAAGGCAAAUAUGACAUAGCCUUUCAAUUUACACUGGUGUCCACAGAGCCAGGAAUGCCAGAUCUGAACUCAAUAUUCUCCAUCACUCCUCCGAAGGGCUCUCUACGCCCCAACAAUAAACCCAGCAAUGUCCAGAUUAUUUACCACCACAACAAGGAGAUGUUCAUCAGAGAUAGCCCAAUCCUUUGCUGUCAGGUUAUUGAGCCCAAUUUGGAUGGUGGCGAGACCAUUAAUACUCUACCAAUCAAAGUGUCAGUCCAGGCACUUUUCUCCAAAUAUAGGAUCAGUCCCACUAAUGAAAUCAACUUGGGCCCACUUCUGUACGGCUCACGUAAAAAACAGACUCUCACUGUGGAGAAUAAAGGCAACUUUGAGAUGCGUUUCCACAUUUGGAUGUGUAAAAACGCCCCUGUUCUUUCACAGAGGAGAGGCUUGGGAAGUAAGAAAACAUCAAAAGACAGUUAUGCUACAAAACCAUCCUCUGCCAGUGAAUUACGACACACUAUGCAGAAUGAGUUUGGCACGACAACACAGAUACAUUUGACAUGUGGUGUUUUCUCAUUGUCUCCAUGCUUUGGGAUUUUGGCUCCUGGAGCCCAACAAAUAGUUACUGUGGAUUGCAAGGCUGAGCAUGUAGGUAGUUGGGAGGAAUGUCUAGCAAUAGACAUCUCUGACAGAGACCCCUCUGACAAUCCAGACGGGAUCCCAUACAAGCUAGUAACAGAAGUUUGUAUGCCAGGAAUAGCAAGUACAGACAUAGCUUCUAUCUUUGAGGAGCAUCGCAUCUGUAAGAACAGUAGCAUGCUGCAGUGUGAGCAAUACCGGGACAGUAUGGGUGUCUACGUACAGGACGAGAACAAGUUUAUCUUCAACAAUGUACUGGUGGGUCAGUCGGCCAAAGCCAAGUUUCGGCUGACCAAUCCAGGAAAAGUGUCUUGUGAACUCAGCCUGGCGAUCAAAACAGUCAAGACGACAACGCACAAUGCAGAGGUUUUUGAUUUGACCCCUGCAAAGAUGUGUAUCCCCAGCCACUCUUAUGCUUUUGCCACAGUCACUUUUUCUCCCUUGACUAUGAGCACAUAUCACGCGGUGUUUGAGGCAGUUCUGAAGAUGAACACAAGACCCAAAGCUCUUGUGUUUGAUCUGAUGGGUGAAGGCAACUUGCCCAGCAUCACUGUUCUGAGACCCGUUCAGAGGACCAAUCGAGGUCAGCCAGUGCUACAGUUUAAGCGCUUAUUGGUGGGACGAGGGCAGACUCUUCCAUUAGUGAUCAAGAACAAUGGCAAUGUGCCAGCACAGGUUAGCCUUGUUCUACAGUGUCACCUGGAUGUUUUCACUCUAAAAGCUGCCCCUGGCACUGUAUGCAGACUGGCCUCCUCACACACGGAAAGCAAUCCCGGAAAAGAGGCACAGCUUGCUCAUGUAGCCUCUCUGAUACUCAUGACUGGGCAACACGCAGAAUUCCAAGUCGGCUUUCAUCCAAAGGUGGCUCAGAAGUUUGAGGCCAGCAUGAAGUUAAUGUUAAAGGACAACCAAUAUGAUCAGACUGUGGUGCAGCUUGUGGGCGAGGGUUACCAUGACAUCAUCAUCCUGGACAACAUUGGCAGCAAGGUUCAGCAGGACAGUAUUGAAAGUCCGUCUGACCUUAUGGAUUUUGGAGAUUGUCACGUGGGCCACACUUAUCAAGAAACUUUGACCAUGACAAACCCAAGCAGCUCCAAUGUGCUACGCUUUGAAUGGCUCCCCAAUGGCCCAGAGCUGAGUUUUUCUCCACAAGUUGGCCACCUGCAUGCCGAGUGCUCCAAAGUCGUGACUGUGACCUUCUGCUCAGAGCAGCCAAUUGUGCUGAAUGCACAAACUAUAAAAUGUAAACUCAGCAGUAUUACCUUUCAGGAGCUUGUAGACCAGGUUCCAGACUGGGAUGAUUGUCACAGAACUGUUAAAUGGGUGGAUGCAGACAAGUCGUCACAACAGCCAAACAAACGGAAGGUUGCGGUGACAGACCCUGAGCCUCCUCACUCUGUGGUGGAGAACUCCUCUAGAGAGAUGGAGCUCAUGGUUAGUGCCUCUUGUGAUUAUGUCAAAUACCAAUGUGACACUGGGCCCAUCCGCUUCAAAGACACAAUGCUGUACCAGACCAGAGUCUUUCAGCUCCAGAUGGAGAACAAAGGCAGUGUUAAGAUGGAGUAUUCUUGGCAGGUUCUAAUGGAUGCAUAUGGGAAGACUAAAUGCUUUGAAAAUAGAGGUAGGAGUUCUCGCUCGGCUCAAGGCAGUAGGACACCAGAGAGACCAGCAAGCUCUCUGCAGAGUGUGUCCUCUCUACUGCUAGGAGACCCAGAGCUUCCUCCCUUCAGUGUUGAUCCUGGUAUAGGGGUUAUCAAUCCAGGAGCGAGUCAAACCUUCCACAUUCGAUUCUCCCCACUGGAAGUGGCUGAGUUUGAGGCCCGUUUGAUGUGCAGCAUCCCUAAUAUAAAGGACGAGCAGAGUCCAGUCAUCGCCGUGAGUGGACGCAGUUUGCUGCCAUACUGUCAUUUCCACCUUAAGGAUUCAGACUACCUGACUGGAAACAGACGGGUCCCUGAGCCUCACAGCUCACUCACUGUGGACCCCAAAACCAGGGUUAUUGAGUUCACCUCAGUGGGUAUUGGCACUUCUGUCCGCAGGGAAUUUGGUAUUAUUAAUCCCAUAAACAAGCCAUACUCUUUCAUCUGGAGAUGUGAUGACUCAGGCAAAUCUCCUUUCACCUGCCUUACACCAAACAAGUCCGUUCAGCCGGGAAAAGAAGCGAAGGUCUCUUUUGAGUACCGGGUUCUCAACCUGGAUUUAGUGGAAUCCUUCUGGACUUUCUUAAUUCCUGAACACAACUUGUCUUUGCCCUUUCUGCUGGUGGGCUCUGCUAAAGAGCCUAUAGUCUAUAUUGAUCGAGCCCACCUCAAUCUGGGCAGCUUGUUACUAGGUUUUGAAGCUCAUCAGACUGUUUUUGUGGUUAAUGGAGAUGAUCAACCAUUCCAUUUCAUGGUCCAAGAGUCCUCAUGCCACUCUGAAGGCUACCAGGACAGCUUAGUGGUCGAGCCUAUGGAGGGAACAGUUCCACCCAAAGAGAAGAUCCCGAUGGUCAUACGGAUCACUCCCACUCGUGAGGGACAUGUGGCUUUUAAUCUAGUGGUGACGGUGCGGAGGAAGUUCCAGUCGCUGACCAUGAAUGUGAAGGGAGAGUGUUACAGCAUGAGUGCUAAUGUGCGAUAUGAGAGCCCUGAGGGAUCCAUCACAGAGCUCUCAUCACACCAGAUCCAUCCGGUUGACUUCAAACAGGUGGAGCUAAACGAUAAAUCCACAUGCACGUUUGUGGUGUCUAAUCCUGGGAAGUUUAGUUUAGAUGUUGAGUAUGAUCUAUCUGGGCCUGCAAUGCUGCAGCCCCACCUGCAAGUUGAACCUACAUUGGACACGGUGGCUGUAGGUGGACACAGUUACUGCACCGUGACCUUCUGCCCUCAGCGAAAAUGUGUUCUCAAAGAUCUGACUUUUUCCAUUAAGAUAAAGAAUGGACCGACAUUCUGUUGUGCCCUGAUGGGUUCAGCUGUGACUCCAGAGCUGGAAUUUUCUUUCCUCAAGCACCACUUCGGAAUGCAUUUCAUAUACUGUGUUGGUAUGGUGCCUGCUACACACACACUGGUGAUUAGCAACCGAGGGAGAAAAGGAAUCAGUCUAGACUGUUUGUUCUCCAACACACCCGUCCUGGAAGUCACUUUCACCCCUCAAGUCCUUCCUCCUGGCGGCUCUGUAGAAGUUCUCUUCUCAUUCUACCCACGCAAAGUAGUUCGUUACCACGAAAAGGUGGUUUUUGAAAUGAAUAAGUGUGCCAAACAAGUAGUGGAGAUCCUGGGACAAGGCACUGAAAUGAAGAUUCAUUUAGAGGACUCAGCACAUAAGGUGGUCAAUUUUGGAGCUCUGCAGAUUGGGCAGCGAAGUCAGAAAUUGGUCCCUCUGGUGAACAACAGCCACUCUUCCCUGACUUUUUGUCUUCGGAGGCACUCCACUGAUAACUAUCUCCUGGACUCAAGGAUCUUAUCAGUUCGUCCAGAGGGGGAGGUGACACUUAAAGAGGGGGGCGGCCGCUGUGUGGUGGAGCUUCUCUUUUCUCCUGAACAGCGCAUGCCUUCCUUCACAGAGGAGCUGCAUCUGGAGUGUCUAGGUGCCAUUCGCCCUCUGCUGGUCAUGAAGGGCAGCUGCCAGGGGGUGGAGGUCAGACUGGACACAGACUACCUGCAGUUUGGAGCUGUGGUCCAGCGCUGCCAAGCCACCCGUCGUAUUAUCAUGCAGAACACAGGAGACAUUGGUGCGAGAUUUAAGUGGGAUGUAAAGGCUUUUGCUCCCAAUUUCAUAAUUUCCCCUGCUGAGGGCUACAUAACCCCAGGGAUGGAAGUAUCUCUUGAAGUGACCUAUGCCCCUACGGAGCUGAGUCAAGAUUUGCGCUAUGAUGAUCUCUACUGUGCUGUAGAGGGGGGCAAACCGUUAAAACUCACCCUCACUGGCUCCUGCAUUGUCCCGCAGGUCGCAGCAGAGGUGGCGAAUUUCGUAUGUCAGGUGCGCAGCCAGUGUACUCAGUCUCUGGUUCUGCCCAGCCGCAUUAACCAGCGCUGGACUCUGAAAUGUGUCAUAGAGGGAGAGCACUGGAGUGGGCCGCCCACUCUCCUCAUUGAGCCUCCGCAGCAGAGCACCUAUGAGAUCACAUACAAGCCUCUGGUCAUGACUGCAGAUGGGGAGAGGCAUGAGGGCUCUGUGUUCUUCUCCUUUCCUGAUGGAAGUGGAUUACUGUACAUAUUGCAUGGCACAGCUGAGCCACCAAAGGCUGAAGGCACAGUAACUGAAGAGAUCAAAUGCAAAACCCAUCACACACAGAUAUUACCGGUCCACAACUGGCUGCCCAGACCUCAGAGGUUCCGUUCUGUGAUGGAGCUCAUCAAACCAGAUCGUUCAGACGGCAUUGUUUCCCUGAAGGGCCUGGAAUACAUUGAUGUGCCUGCACUCGAUACGAAGAACUACAAACUCUCCUUCUUCACUUAUAAAGAGGGCCAGUACAAUGCUAAAGUGACAUUCAAGAACGAGGCAACCGGCGAGUUCCUGUUCUACAACCUCAACUUUAAAGUGACGGCUCCGGGACUGAUUGACACUAUAGAAAUGGCAACCCGGGUGAGGCAGAUGACAUCAGGGUUCACAGUGGUGGAGAACCCUCUUCUUGUGGACGUGUCGUUCUCUGCAGAGUGCCAGAAUUCAGACAUCAGUUUUCCGCCACAGUUUCUUGUGCCUGCUCAGUCUAAGGUUACAUUGACAUUUGAAUAUCAACCUCUGUGUGAGGGAGAGUCCACAGCCCGGCUGGUGUUGUACGCUGCUGAACUCGGACACUUCUUUUAUGAGCUUCAGCUGAAGGCCCUGCCUGCACCCCUUGAGAAGCCUUUAUAUUUCAGAGCACCACUUGGCAGCAAACACAGUGUCAUAGCUAAGUUUACCAACUUCUCUCGUGUCAAGACCGAAUAUAUCUGCAAGAUGGACAACCCAAACUUCACUGUGGAAAAGAGCAUUAAAGCAGCAGCGGGGAACCAGACUGGCACAGAUAUCAGUGUGACAGUUCAUUUCGAACCUUGCCAGGUGGGAGACAUCCAAAGCCGGCUCACCAUUUCCUCAGAGGUCGGAGGGGAGUAUGUCUUCCCUCUGUUUGGCACCUGCACCCCACCUAAACCUCAGGGUCCCCUCACCAUCAGUUUAGGUUCCAGUGUCUCUAUCUCCUUUAAGAAUGUCUUUCAACAGGCCACCACCUUCUCCUUUCAGGUAGACAACCCUGCCUUCACUGUCAAGGGUGCAGAGACUAUUUCAGCUCAAAAAACUCAGCACAUACAGGUUACAUUCGACGGCCCCCCUCCGAGCUCCAGAGGCCCAUGUCACGGAAAGCUGACAAUUUCCUGCCCACGUAUGGAGAGCCAUGGACAGGCCGUCUUCUGGGUUUACUACUUGAAAGGGUACUGUCCAGAGCUUCCUUCAGAGAAAAAAACUGCAUGAAGAAGGAGGUUUGCUAUUCUUUGGGUAAAAUAAUUAAUGAUAGUGGUUAAAAUUUUAGAAGGUCCAACUUUCAGUUUGAAGUAUAAUGCUUCUUUAAACAAAAUACAAAUUUAUUGUAAAGACUCGGAAAAAUAAACGUUUCUGUAGCACUCAG